GGCGGGGCUGCUGCGGCCGUGAGAGGGCAUGGGACUGGCCGGGCUGUGCGUCCUGGGACAUCGAGCGGGCUCGGUGCUCUCGGGUGCGGUCGUCCGCGAGUGUGCGGCGGCGGCGGCGGCGGCUGCAAGACGGCGACUUGGAGCGGGGCGUGCGCGCUGUGGAACCCGCAGUUUCAGCGGCGCCACAGUAGUCAUGGCUCCGAUCAAGGUGGGGGACGCCCUGCCCUCCGUGGAGGUGUUUGAAGGGGAGCCGGGGAACAAGGUGAACCUGGCCGAGCUGUUUAAGGGCAAGAAGGGUGUGCUGUUUGGAGUCCCCGGGGCGUUCACCCCCGGCUGCUCCAAGACUCACCUGCCGGGGUUUGUGGAGCAGGCUGAGGCGCUGAGGGCCAAAGGGGUGCAGGUGCUGGCGUGUCUGAGCGUCAACGACGUCUUCGUCAUGGGCCAGUGGGGACGCGCCCACCAGGCCCAAGGCAAGGUCCGGCUUCUGGCUGACCCCACCGGGGCCUUUGGGAAGGAGACAGACCUGUUACUCGACGAUUCCUUGGUGUCGCUCUUUGGGAACCGACGGCUCAAGAGGUUCUCCAUGUUGGUAGAGGACGGCGUGGUGAAGGCGCUGAACGUGGAACCCGACGGCACCGGCCUCACCUGCAGCCUGGCCCCCAACAUCUUCUCGCAGCUCUGAAGGCCCAGCCCAGGCCUCCCUCUCCCCUUUCCUACCCGCGUGCCGGACGCCGGGCAGAUCUGGUCUCGCCCAGCCUCAGCUGGGGUCUCCCACUGGAACCUCGGCCGGAUUUCUACAAUAAACACUUCCGGUUCA